CAAGGUGACAGCGAGUUUGAUGAAAAAAUAAACGACAUCAUCCGAGGAUCCAUCCGGGGUCCAUCGUCGGCGUCGCCGCUGACCCGUCAGACGCACGCACACAGUGCAAAAAUGGUUCUCGCGUAUCGGAAAUCUCGCGUGCCCUCGCACGAUUAUUGAACGGGGUGAACGGCGAUUGGUCAGCCAAUGGGUGACAUGCGCGCCGCGAGCCAAUGGGAGCGAAACCAGAGGACAAAACUCAGGUUCCCCAGCAAUAUGGCUGUCAGUAUAAAUUUGAUGCCUGUACCAUGAGUUUCUCUCCGAGAAAUUUGACAAGCGUGAGCGUGGUUCCGCGUUACCCGCGGCGUGAUGUGACUUUCGCGUGUCCGCCAAUGCGGAGAUGGCAUCGUGGAUCAGCUGAGACUGGAGCGAGGCAGCCGGAACGCUUUCCGAGAAAACAGGUAUUUACAAGUUUGUUCAGCAAUAUAAUCAAUCACCAUGACCUCAAGAUUGGACAGAUUAUUCAUAUUGCUAGAGACUGGAACAAAUGCAGUUACCAAAAGGGCAGCUGCGCAACAAUUAGGAGAAGCACAGAGAUUACAUCCUCAUGAUUUGCAUCAUUUAUUAGCAAGAGUUUCUACUUUGUUAAAAUCUCCACAAUGGGAUACUCGAGUAUCAGCAGCCCAUGCUGUACAAGCUAUACUUGCCCAAGUUCCACCUUGGGAUCCACAGCCGAUUAAGAAGGAAGUCUCUACAGACAAUAAUGAAUCAGAGGAAAUUAAACACAAAACAUCCACCAGAUUGAAUUUAAAAUCUUUUGAUAUGAGCAAAGUUUUGGCUCGAAGUUCACAUCUUACUGGAUCCGAGGGCAGUGAAUAUGAUCUAACUAUAUCAGAGGGAGAGCAUUUGUCACUUCCUAGCCAACAAGAAAAACUAGUUGCAAAACUGGGCUUCCAUCCACGUUUGAUGGGUGUCGAUACUUCUGAUUUAUUUACCAUUGAGGAUCUUACGCCAGUACAAACACAAUGUAUGACACAAACUGUUACUGUACCUGUCGAUGAAACUUUGAAACAGCCAGGAGGAUUAAGCAGGAGAGAAAUGAAUAGAGCAAAACGCAAAGCACGUCAGUCAGUAACAAAACAACGAUCGCGUGAGCCGGAUGAACAUCGCAUUAAUGAUGACCAUACAAUGAAUGUUCAAUCUCCAAUGAAUAAUACUGGUGAACCACCAGUCAAAAAGAUAAUAUUAGAGGAUACAAUCUCAUCAGAUGGUACAAAAUGUGGUAUAUCCAAUGAACAAGCAAGUGGAGUACCAGAUAGCACUGGAUGUUGGCCAGAUUCUAUCGUAAAUUGGCCCUUGGAAUCUUUUGCGGAAAGUCUUUGUCAGGAUUUGUUUAGUCAAAAAUGGGAAGUGCGUCAUGGAGCAGCGACAGCUUUACGGGAACUUAUAAAACUUCAUGGAAAAGGUGCUGGCAAGUCCAGGGAUCAGACUUUGGAAGAAAUGCAAGAGAGCCAUUACGAAUGGGUGAUUGACGCUGCCUUACAAUUAUUGUGCGUACUAGGGCUUGAUCGAUUCGGAGAUUUUGUAUCUGAUCAAGUUGUGGCGCCAGUACGAGAAACAUGCGCUCAAGCGUUAGGAUCGCUUCUACUAUUAGUGCCUGCUGGUUCAAAUGCCAAAGAUACAAAUGAUGUUUUUCCUGGAAUACUUUCUGUAGUUCUUAAAUUAUUAGAACAUAAUGAAUGGGAAGCGAGACACGGUGGGUUUCUUGCUUUAAAAUAUUUAAUGGCUGUACGAGACGAUCUGUUGGACGAGGUAUUGCCAAAAAUAUUUCCGGCUAUUAUGCAAGGAUUAUCCGAUCCUGUCGACGACGUAGGCGCAGCCGCCGCGAGUGCGCUUAUACCAGUAGCACACGCUCUUCCACGAUUAUUAAAACCAACAGAACUAGAAGCUAUUGUAAUACGUCUUUGGCAAUUAUUAAAAGAACAAGAUGACCUGGCUGCGGCUUGCAAUACGUUUAUGGGUCUCUUGGCCGCAAUACUUUCAUUACCAGAGGCACAUGCUUGCUUAACACCUCAACCGUUAUCACAGAUAUUACCACGUUUAUGGCUUUUUCUCAGCCAUUCAAGUUCGAGCGUACGUAAAGCAACACUACAAACGAUGCAAACUUUAACUGGAAAGGACAGCGAUCACGGUAUGGACAAGAAGGAGCGGUGGGGUGAGGGUGGCGGAUUAGUUUUACAAGAAGCAUUGAGGCAUGUGUUUCAGUGCGUGCUAAUCGAACAUAUUAACGUAAUACAAGACGUGGCUGAACAUGUCUGGGAAAAUCUAGUCGUACAGAGUGAUCUCGAAUUAUUGCUACAUGCGGCGUGCCCUCAUGUCAGUACAUGGCUUUGCCUUGCUAUGCAACCGGAACAUGUGCCAUUCAAUCCAAAUUUAUUACUGACAAUUGCUAGUAGUAUUAAGGGCACGAAGAAUAAUCAAACAGUCGCGUACUGUGACGGACAAUCGGACACUAACGGCGGGAACAGUAAUAUCAAUGCGAAUGCAAAGUCGUUAUCUGAAUUGAAAAUGUACAUCGGCGGAAUCGAAACGGUUGCACUGAAUGUACGAAAGGCAAACGUAAUACAGGCUCGUUGUAGAGCGUCUCGUAUGUUAGGUUUAUUAUCGCACUAUGUCGUGCAACCUGCACCGGGUGUUGUUUAUCCACCAGAUGUGCCUAGUCCAGCGCUUUGUUAUGCCAAGGUGUUAUUGGCGCAUCUUAAUUCGCGAUCGGCGCUACAACGUACCGUCGUGGGUCUCACGAUGUCCUAUUGGGCGACUGUAGAUCCUAUGAAAAAUCCCGUGAUACCAGAUAUACUCAGUGACAGAUUAUUGAGUUGUUUAAAUGAAUGUAUGUACUACGACGAGAUUGUGGCAUCCUUUACUCGACUGCUGCACGAAAGUCGAGAUUAUAUAGCAACUUUAAAACAUUAUAAAUUAAUGGUACCAGUUGAAGUAAAUUCAUCCGGUGUGAUGACUCUUGAUCAAAUCGCUGCACUUGCGGGAAAAACGAUUCCAACCCUUUGCACUAUGGGAGCAAACGCAAGUGGAACUGGAAAUGUCAGCGGAGGUUCAAUAGCUGUUAAAUUAAAACCUAAAUUAAUGGAAAGCUUAGAAGAAAGAAGACGAGCGCUAGAUGUCGGCGCAGCUACGACGAUGGCGCAACAACAGUCAUUACAUGUUAUGUCGACGGCCGCUCUCGCUGGCGCGGCUACGAUGUUAAAUAUUCUUCCUCAGUCUCCUCAACCACUUAAUCCAUUGGUAAAACCGCUAAUGGAAGCUAUAAAACGCGAGGAAAAUGAGGAAUUGCAAAAACUGGCUGCGAAACAUUUAUCUCAUCUGAUUAAACUUUGUGUCGAGAGGAAACCAUCUCCAAACGCAAAGAUUUCUACCAAUCUAUGUACAUUCCUAUGUUCCGAUGUUGAAUUCACACCACGGGUAUGUUGCGCCGGUGACACUGAUAUUUUUGAUGGAAUACUUACCUUAAAUAAUAGACAAAAACAUGCUGAGAGAGUAGCAUACAAUCGUGGUACAGGUAGUGGACUUGGUAGCGGCAGAGGCCCUGGUAGGCCACCAACCACCGAAAUUCCUUUGGAGGAAUUACUCGCUUGUGACGAACCAGAAGCCAAAGCUGCUAGAACGCGCCGUCGUGGUGCUACGUUAGCAUUAACAGCUAUAGCUACUCUUUUCGGAGCUCAAUUACCUGAUCGCUUACCUCAAUUAUGGGAUUUGAUUUUACCAAAUACAUUGAAAGAUGUAACCAAGCAAGAUAAUAUACAAGAAGAGGAAGGGAAUCAAUUGAUCUUUGGUUUACAAGUAUUAGAGAUUAUGGCGCCAAGUUUGGAUAAAUCUCUAUUACCGCCUGCAUUGGAGUGUCUGCCACGUUUGUGCAAUCUGCUAGCGCAUCCUUACAAAGCUGUUAGACAUAUGGCUUCCCGGUGCAUAGCUACAUUAGCUACUCUAAAUACAGAAAAGACAAUGAUACAUAUAAUACGCAAUAUUAUACCGCUGUUGGAAACAACUGGCGGAGAGAAAAAAUGUUCCACAGGUAUAGUAGCACCAAACGAAGUCGAUUCAGUACGUCAGGGAGCAGCGGAAGCUCUAACUUGCAUCGUCGAGAGCUUAGGCGUUCAUGUAGUACCGUAUGCAGUACUCUUUAUGGUACCCUUACUGGGACGUAUGAGUGAUCAGAAUCAAUCUGUUAGAUUAGUUUGUAGCGCAACAUUUGCUACACUUGUGCAAUUAUUGCCAUUAGAUCCUGGUGCAAUUGCAGACCCACCGGAUUUAGUGCAAGAAAAGGCACAAGAGAGAAAAUUCUUGGAUCGGCUUUUGAAUCCUCGUAAUAUCCCUGAUACAGAGUUACCGAUUCCCGUGGCUGCACAGUUACGUUCGUAUCAACGUCAGGGCUUGAAUUGGCUCAAUUUCCUAAAUCGUUAUCAUCUUCAUGGAGUUUUAUGUGACGAUAUGGGUCUUGGAAAGACAUUACAGACUCUUUGCAUCCUCGCAUUAGACCAUCAUCGCAAUCCACAAGCACCUGCCAGUCUAGUAGUGUGUCCACCGACUCUCACUGGUCAUUGGGUAUACGAAGCCGAGAAAUUUUUCAAACCGCAAGAUUUGUCAGUCAUACAAUAUGCUGGCACCCCACAAGAUCGCGAGAAAUUACGUUCUCGGGUAUCACAUCAUAGGCUUGUAGUUGCGAGUUAUGAUAUUGUACGAAAGGAUAUUGAAUUCUUCGAGACACAUCAAUGGAAUUAUUGUGUACUCGAUGAAGGUCAUGUAAUAAAAAACGGUAAAACGAAGAGCGCUAAAGCUGCAAAGCGACUGCAUGCGAAUCACAGGCUCAUAUUAUCUGGCACACCUGUACAGAACGACGUGCUCGAGUUGUGGUCUCUGUUCGAUUUUCUAAUGCCAGGAUUCCUAGGUAGCGAGAAACAAUUCGCUGCCAGAUAUUCUCGUCCCAUCUUGGCCUGCAGAGAACCGAAGGCAGGACCGAAAGAACAGGAAGCUGGUGCUUUAGCUAUGGAAGCUCUUCAUAGACAGGUGCUACCCUUCUUAUUGAGACGAAACAAGGAAGAUGUGCUGCAAGAUUUGCCACCCAAAAUCACUCAAGAUUAUUACUGUGAUUUGUCGCAUUUACAACGCACACUUUACGAAGAUUUCCGCAUUCGUCAUCCGUCUCUCACUACUAGCUCAGCUCCAAGUGAUCCUCAAAGUAGUCACGUAUUUGAGGCACUGCGAUAUUUACGUAAUGUGUGCAAUCAUCCUAAAUUGGUUCUAAGUCCAGGGCAUCCACUAUAUCGAACGAUAUGUGACAUGUUGAAACAACAACAAAGCACUUUGGCUGAUAUCGAACAUGGUGCCAAAUUACUCGCACUGAAACAAUUGCUAUUAGAUUGUGGUAUCGGACAACAGCAGCAGCAACAAACUCGCAAUUGUUCCAAUGCUACGAGUGGGGAAAACGCCCAUUCCCAGGAACAAUUAGUAAGCCAGCAUCGUGCGCUGAUUUUCUGUCAAUUGAAAGCAAUGUUAGACAUUGUGGAAGAAGAUUUGCUUCGCACGCAUCUGCCGACAGUAACGUAUCUGCGUCUGGACGGCAGUGUACCAGCAGCACAAAGGCAUUCCGUUGUAGCGCGUUUCAAUGCCGAUCCAUCGAUAGAUGUCCUUUUGUUGACUACGCAAGUCGGUGGUCUUGGAUUAAACUUAACAGGAGCGGACACUGUCAUAUUCGUUGAACACGAUUGGAAUCCCAUGAAAGAUCUUCAAGCGAUGGAUCGUGCGCAUCGUAUAGGUCAGAAAAAAGUAGUCAACGUGUAUCGUUUGAUCACCAGAUCAACAUUAGAAGAGAAGAUUAUGGGACUACAGAAGUUUAAGCUUCACACUGCGAAUACUAUAAUAACGACGGAAAACGCUUCUUUAGAGACCAUGGCUACUGAUCAAUUGUUAGAUCUAUUUUCAUUGGACGGAAAGGAAAAGAGGCCGGAACACAAUGAGGAUGCUACUUCGUCAAAAUUUUCUGGCCUACCGGGAAUUAGCCGUUCUGUGCUAGAUAUUCUGCCCGAACUCUGGGAACAGCAGCAAUAUGACGACGAAUACGAUCUCGAUUCAUUUUUGUCCACUCUGAAGGCUGAUAGCCAGUAAGCUUACCAGUACCUUGAUAAAUCAUUGAAUAUAGGUUAGAGCUCAGCAAAUAUUCUUCGCGUAGCUCGAAAUUAGCAUACGAUAUCGAAUGAAAACAUUGCAGAGAUCAGACUUGAUUGUUAACUCUUGAUUCAGUACAAUUUAAUAGUUAUAGCACACCUCUAUGAUCACUACGUAAUUUACAUAGUAAUAAAAAUCAUAUCUAAUUAAGAGUUAACAAACUUAGCUCUGUCGCAAUGGAACAAGUCGUUAAGUCUUAACUAUAAGGAAAAUGACAUUAUCAUCGUACCUAAAAACUCAAAUAAUCCAUAGAAUAGUAAA